GGAAACAAUCUGAAGAUUAGUUCCAAGUCUCCUUACAUUUUUUUCAAGAUCGGACUGAAUCAUGUUUCCAUUUGUGCUUUUUUCUGCCCUGUUUUCUCCGGUAUUGACUGAUCUGAAGGAGCGGUUCUGGGUCUGCAACACCUCGACGCUCAGUGUUUCGUACACCUACUGUGAUAACGUGCACUACCCUGUUUCUGUCAGUGUUGAUCCGUGUACGUCACUGAUGAGCGGCAAAGGAUAUUUGCAUUUUUCCUACAUUCCAAGAAUAGACGUAGCACCAUUAUAUUUUAAUCUCUAUAUAUCUGUUAAGUCCAUGGAGCUUCCAAAGCGCAAACAAGUUAUUUGCCGAGGAUCUGAUGAUGAUUAUUCUUUUUGCCGAGCCAUGAAAGGAGAGACUGUGAAUACAACAGUAUCAUUCGCCUAUAAGGGAAUUUUUUUUUCUAAGGGACAAUAUAAAUGUGUAGCAGAAGCCGUCGCUGGGAUUGAGGAGCGAACACUCUUCUGUUUGAAUGUUACCAUCUUACAGCCUUGAAUUCAGUUAGAAUAAAU